AUGGCGUCGGCGGAGACGCAAAUGGCGCGGCCCAGCUCAGCGCCGCCCGCCAACGCCGACGACUACGACGAUGAGGAGGCGCUGCUCUGGGAAGCGCUGCGGCGGCUGCCCACGCUCGAAGAGCGCGCCCGGCACGCGAUCGUGACGCUGGAGGACGGGAGCAGGAAGGUGGCGGACGUCGGCCGCGUCGGGCCGGCGAGCGCCGCGCGCUGCUCGGCCGCCUCCUGCGCCCCGGCGUCCACGAGGACAACGAGCGGUUCCUGCUCAAGAUCAGGGACCGCAUCGACCGUUCUGCUGCUCUACGAGGCUGCCGCUGUCCUUGCGCUGCUGAUUUUCCGCACCCAAGUUGGCAUCGUUCUACCAACAGUUGAAGUGCGUUUCGAGCAUCUAAAUGCAGAUGUGGAAGUUUGUGUUGGGAACAGGGGACUGCCCACCGUUCUGAACUCAAUUACUAACAUCUUUGAGGGAGCUGCAAAUGCAUUACACAUACUGCCAAGCAGGAAAAGGAAAUUACCAAUUCUCCAUGGCAUUAGUGGCAUCAUCAAGCCUCGUAGAAUGACACUGCUGCUAGGUCCACCAGGAUCAGGGAAGACGACAUUUCUGCUUGCAUUGGCUGGGAGGCUUGGCAGCGAUCUUCAGGUUUCAGGCAAAGUCACUUAUAACGGGCAUGAAAUGGGUGAUUUUGUGCCUGAGAGGACAGCUGCGUAUGUAAGCCAGCAUGAUCUUCACAUAGGAGAGAUGACUGUGCGUGAGACACUUGUCUUCUCCGCAAGGUGCCAAAGAUAUUUGCAUGAUUUGCUUCUUGAGUUAUUAAGACGAGAGGAAGCAUCCAACAUCAAGCCUGAUGUUGAUAUUGAUGUUUUUAUGAAGGCAGCUGCAUUGGGAGGGCGAGAAGCCAAUAUCGUCACUGAAUACAUACUGAAGGUACACGUGGCUUGCAUAGCCUGAAACUGACUAGCUCUAAGUUCACUUAUCCUUGUUGU